AUGUCGACAUCUCCUCCCGCGCCACUGGUACGACAUGCGUCCACCGCUGUCGCGGGUGACGACCGGUUUGGCCAGCCCAACAACCGGCCGAACGAACCCACCGUGCCCAUGCCGCCCGUGCAGCGCAGCGUGACGGCGGCAACAACCGGUUCAUCAAAGCCGUAUUCUGCGUUCUCCACGCAGACCAAAUGGGUUGUGGCAGGACUGGGCGGCAUCGCAGCGGUAUUCUCGCCCAUCUCGUCCAACAUCUUCGUACCUGCAAUCCCAAUUAUCGCCCGCGACUUCAACAAGACGUCCGAGGACAUUAGUUUGGCUGUAACCAUCUAUCUCGUCUUCCAAGCCAUCACCCCGAGCUUCUUUGGAAGUGCCUCGGAUACGUAUGGUCGUCGCCCCGUCUUCAUGGCCACCAUGGUCAUCUACAUUGGCGCCAAUAUUGGCCUCGCGCUCAUGCCCACGUCGGCAUACUGGCUCCUCCUGGUCCUGCGCGCUAUCCAGUCCACGGGCGGGUCGGCCGUCAUUGCCAUUGGCGCUGGCGCCGUCUCGGACGUUGCAGAACCGCGCGAGAGGGGCAAGUUUAUGGCCGUGUUCCAAGCGGGUGCCAUGAUCGGCCCAGCGUUCGGACCGUUGCUCGGCGGCAUCUUUGCCCAGACGCUCGGUUGGAGGGCCAUCUUCUGGUUCUUGACUAUUGCCGCCAGCUGUGUCAUGGUGCCGUUCAUCUUCUUCUACCCAGAAACACUGCGCUCGAUCGUUGGCGACGGCUCCAUCCCUCCGCCAGCACUCAACGCCAGUCCGAUCGCGAUUUACCAGACACGAAAGCACAAGGCCGAGCUCAAGGCCGCCGGUAUCGAGGAGGAGCCCGUGGAACGUCCGCCGCCCAAGAAGCCGCUCUCGGCAUUCAUGAUCCUCUUCGUUCCCGAGGUAUUCUUGAUCUUCAUCGUCGUGUCGUUCCCCUACCUCAACUUUUACUGUCUCCUCACCGUCUUCUCCACUGCGCUGAAGGACACAUAUGGUCUCAACGAGCUCCAGAUCGGUCUCUGUUAUCUGCCAUCCGGUUUCGGUACCAUCCUGACAACCUUUGUCAACGGUCGUCAGCUUGACUACUACUACCGCAAGGAGGAACGCAGGGUUGGCGGCGACUACAGACACAAACCACACGCAUUCCGCGUUGACCGCACGCGCAUUCGGUGUAUCUUGCCGUUCCUCGCCAUGCUGUGUGUCGCAUCCGUCUCGACUGGCUGGACCCUCCAGGCGCAUGCCCCGCUGGCUGCGACCCUUGUGUGCCAGUUCUUUGUGGGCCUAGGCUCGGGCACCAUCGGUACCGCCACAGUCUACGGUCAGGACAUCCUGCCGGGCAAGGGAGGAGCCGUGAGCGCCAGUUUGAACCUUGUGCGCUGCGCCUUCGGUGCCGUCGGUACCGGUUGUGUGAUGCUCAUGUACCACAAACUCGGAGCCGGUUGGACGUUUGUCCUCCUCUCCGGCAUGUGUGUGGCUGCGCUCCCGCUCGCGUUCGUCGUCAUUGCGUACGCUCCCGGCUGGCGCACGUACCGCGCAGAGAAGGCUGGUUCUGGCCACGGGCUCGCGUCGUAUCUCUACUCGAGCGAGAUCAAGGACACCAAGCAGAGCCGGCGGGAGGCCGCGGCCGAGGACGAUAGCGGUGUUCCCGAUACGGGUACGACGGAUACGACUGCUACGGUCGUCGAGGUCGCGGGCGCCGACACCAAGAAGGAGCCGCCUACGACGAUGGCGCAUGCCGAGGAGGAGGAAAGGCGUGAGGUUGUCGAGAGUAAAGUUUGA